CCCAUACGGACCAAUCUCUCAUUUGCGAUAAUUAUACUUUCACACACAAGUGAUCAUGUCUCACAACCCUCGGAACUCCGUCGCUGUCACUGCAACUACAAUGACCACCGCGGCCGCGCUUUCAAUCACAACGCCGUUCGUACCGCCGCCAGACUGCGAAACCCAGUGGGAAACCACUACGUUGAGAAAGAUACCCUUCGUGUACUAUGCCCCUGCGUCAUCAUGUUACCCGUCCGGAUGGGGCAACUUGGAGCCUGGAAGUCGCCCCGGGUUCAGGCCGGGAGUUUGCCCCGAGGCAUGGAUCUACCGCAGGAUGCAGCAAGAUAUAGUUUACUCUUUUUCAACAGCUUACUGCUGCCAAAGUGGCUUUGGGCUCGAUUAUUAUUAUCAGGACCACCCUAUUUAUUCCCUGGUCCCGAAUCCUUGUGGAAUGACGGACACCAGGGAAACCGUCAAUCCUACCCAAACAUUGCACCAGGCCUGGCUUAUAACCUGGGAAAAAACCGACACGGCCACAUUGACACCGCAACUGCCCACGCUUACCAGCUCAAUGCGGGUACCAGAAUGGACACCCGGCGAGGUGAUCCCGGCUCACAAAUAUGACCAGCCCAAGGAGUCAGGCGUCCAGUGGUUUAGUGAGGAGUGGAUACGUUUCUUUAUGAUCGGGCUACCUAUCCUCUGCACUUCCUUUAUUGCGCUCUGUGUAUAUUGUUGCUGUGUGAGGAGGUGUCUAAGGAAGAGGCGGGAGAGAAAAGCAGCCUCGGCCUUACCCGCAGCCACAGGCGCAGACGUAGGCGAAGCCUCCAAUUAACUAACGGCGUAUAUAGUACCAGGAAGUUGUGUCUGUUUGCACUCUUAUUGCCUACCUCGCAAGCCUAGCUAUAGAGAGGUUCAAUACCCGUUCUAGCCCAAAUCCCCUCUUUCCGCUGAACAUUUCCAUUAGUGUUGC